GUGCUGUCUGCUACAGACAAAGCAACAUCUACGCGAAGUUCCUUCGAGUUCGUCAACAUCUCAGCAUUCUUUGAGCUGCGCUUCCAGUUUCAAAUUCCAGUUCUUAAAAGUUUGGUCACGAGUGCCAAGUUAUCAUGUCAUCCUACGCCAGUCCUGACCCCUCCAGCGACCACGGUGGCUACUAUGACGAUAACCAAGUAGACUCGUACGACAACUGGAACUACGAUGACGAUAGCUACGACAAGAACUCGGGAGUUUGGGACUCCACGAAAAAUGGCGGUGAAAUUGCCGGCAUCACCAUCGCUGCCAUUGUCGUACCGGCGAUCAUAGUGGCCAUUAUCCUGGCCAUAGUGAUCGCCAUCUGGGUGGAGCUGAAGAACUUCGAAAAAGCCGUGAACCAGGGCACCAACAGGGGCACUACCGGAGGGUGGCUGCACUCCAUCUCCAGGGUCAUCAAUGACAUAGACUCCGACGCCAUCUUGAGGAGAAUGUUCCCGGGAGGUUUCGCCAGCGUGCUGCAGAGCAUCGAGGACGCCUACACGAGCUACCGGGGCUUCAACUCCCCAGCCCAGAAAAACUCAACCAAAACAAACCUAAACAAAAGAAAAAUAAAGUUUGAGAAUGUAUUCUCCAGUAACAAGUGACUGCGAAUCACGAGCAGCUUUCGCAAAUGCUGAAAGCUAGUGUUGAAUUCUACUAAACAGUGACAGAUUUUCUGAGCCUAAGCUUUCAGCUUGAAUAGGAGCAUUCAAGUACUUAAAGAAGAGGUUCAAUUUAUGCAAAUAUUUCUCGGUGAACAACAAAAGUCAUAAAACUUGUCAGAAAAAAUCAAUGCUUCCAUGUUCAUACCUUUAAUACAUAUUUUUUGCUAUUUGCAGCCAAAGUCCAUUUUUAGGGAGCUUGCAGAAAAGAAUAUCUUUCACCAUGGCCAUGCUAUAUGAUGCUAUAUGAUUCCAGCGACUAUGAUGAUUUGGCUAUGCUGAUUAAAGUGCGUCAAUAGCCGAACUGAAUCACUUCAGAUGGAGUUGUCCAAUUCAUGAGAUAUGGUGAUGAAUAGUGAAGGUUCUAACUUAUUUAUAAAUUAAAUACUUGUCAAGAAAUGGUUUACGUGCGCGCUUCCAUUGUUUAUUAAUUGUAAAUGAUAUCAUAAUUCACGCCCGUUUUUUGUUCUGGAAUUGUCAUACGGCAAUUUCCUGAAAUAGAUAAGUUUAAAACUUUGAUACAAUACACAUUUGACGAAUUUUAUUCCCUCUACGCUGAAUGAAGAAUUUUCCACAUUGCUUGCUAUAGUGGACACUAUAGCAAGCAAUCUGAAAAGAUUACUUGCCUGAAACCCAUAUAUUUCAUAAUUAGAUUACACCUACUCUGGAUAAUUAAUUCUAUAGAAUAAUUGUUUAAGUUGUUACUAGAUAUGAAUUAUCACUUAUUUGAGAGCUUUAAGAAUUUGAACUCAACAUCUGUUAAUCACGGGUCACUCAAUAAUAUUAAGUGAGAUCAUAUGAGCGCAAGCUUUGUGCUUAUAUUCAGAGCAUUAAAAUUAAUAAUGACUUUCAAUCACUUGUUAUGUAUCUCUAAUAUUUAUUGUUAUUUAAAUAUUAUCUUAUCAAAUACUGCUAUGCAAUGACGCAUCGCACUUUGUAGUAAGACUGUUUGACCAAUAAUAAAAUGGUACAUCGCUUCUAAGUUGGUCAAAAAUUUAGUGUUAAUAAAUAUUUGGUUUGCUAACGAUUUCUCUAUUUAAAAACAACGAAUAAGGAGAAGUGUUUUUUUUUU